GCUGCCAUUUCCUUUCAUUCAGGACCCCGGUCUAUCUCGUACUGCUGAUCAGACAUAUUACGCCCGGCAAGAACCAACUGCUAGGGACGUUUCAGCAUGCCCAAGAACAAGGGAAAGGGCGGUAAAAACCGUCGUCGUGGAAAGAACGAAAACGACAACGAGAAGCGCGAACUUGUGUUCAAGGAGGAAGGUCAGGAGUAUGCGCAGGUCGUGAAGAUGCUUGGCAACGGCCGUCUCGAGGCCCUCUGCUUUGACGGCGAAAAGCGACUCGCACACAUCCGUGGCAAGCUGAGGAAGAAGGUCUGGAUCAACCAGGGCGAUAUCAUUCUUCUUUCGCUGCGUGACUACCAGGACGAAAAAGGCGAUGUCAUCAUGAAAUAUACCGCCGACGAGGCCAGGAGCUUGAAGGCCUACGGCGAGCUGCCUGAGCAUGCCAAGAUCAACGAAACUGACACCUACGGUCAUGAGGGUUUCGAGGACAACGUCGAGUUCGACGAAGACCGCGACAGCGAAGACGAGAAGGAGGUCGAUAUCGACGAACUAUAAAACCCUACCCACCCCUCGAUAUCUUUGUAUUCUAUACUCCCACAAGAGCCACUGUGUUCUUCCCGCCAGCUUCGACAAACUUUCGGCACUUCGUUUCUAUCCCGGUGCAGUGUUCACCCUCCGUCGGUGAUAGAUACUGUGACGAGGAAUCGGGCUUGUGGGAUCCUCCACUGCCCACCGUCAGAAGACCAGUGCUUUUCAAGCUCCAGAGUAUGGAUCAUUGAUAUUGGGUUACCGGAGCACCAUUCCAUGGUGAUAUUGGAUGUCCUAUUUCCAAGCACAUCUCAUCAUGGAGCCGUUCUCCAGGUUCUGCAGAUAAACGGACGCUACAUGUACGGUGUCAGCUGUGCUGGCAUACGUCCUGUCACCGAUUCAUUUGUCUGUUCUCUUUCUACUUACUGCUACUUGCUCCUUUCUUUUUUGUUGAAAAAGCUUGGAUGAUAGAUUUAUGAAAGGGUUAUGAUAUUAUUACAUCUUCAAUGU